CAACAGCAACAUCACUGUCAUCAUGUUUGCGGCAAUGUGGAAUAAAACGUUUUGGAUGUUCUUUACGGUACGCGUUGCGUCAGUAUUUCUUGUCGCGAGCUGGUUCGUUCCCGAUGAGUACUGGCAAAGUCUCGAGGUGGCCCAUCGUCUUGCCUUCGGCUAUGGCCACAUGACCUGGGAAUGGGCAGCCGGUGUAAGAAGUUACGUGUACCCGGCCGUAUUUGGCGGCCUUUACAAACUGCUCGCCCUAUGCGGGUUAGACACGGUGGAACUGUUAACCGUUGCACCAAAGCUUCUUCAAGCAAGCCUUAGCGCGUACGCCGACUAUCGCUUUCACGUGUGGUGCAACCGAACGAAAUGGUCCACGUUUUUGCUCGUUACCUCCUGGUGCUGGUUCUACGUAGGAUCGCGCACGUUAGCCAACACGCUAGAAACCUCCCUCACCAUGAUUGCGCUCAGCCACUUCCCUUGGGCUUCCGAAUGUACGCGCUUCCUGUGGCCGGUAGCAUUGUCGUUCUUUAUCCGGCCGACUUCCGUCAUCCCGUGGGUACCGUUGUGCUUGUAUCACAUCAAAAAGUCAUCCCAUCCGACUUGGGAGUUACUGCUGAAGCGCUACCUACUGAUCGGCAUGCUGACGGGUGCGUUGUGCGUGAGCGUCGAUAGCUACUUCCACGGCUCGGUUGUCUUUACAUGCUACGAGUUCUUGAAGUAUAAUGUGCUGAAGGGCGUCGGAAGCUUCUACGGGGAGCAUCCAUGGUACUGGUAUGUGUAUGCCGGUUUGCCGACCGUGCUUGGCAUCUUUGUGUUGCCAUUCUUGCUAGCUGCGUACGACACCGUACGCCACCGGAAAGUGUACAAGGAAAGGGCCAUCUUGCUGGUUUCGGUAGGCUUCACCGUGCUGGUGUAUUCGUUACUGUCACACAAAGAAUUCCGCUUCCUGUUGCCAGUGUUGCCGAUGUGUUUGUACAUUACGGCCGAUUAUCUUGUCCGCUGGAGCCGGAAAGCUUCCAGCAAAAUGCUUUGGUUUGCCGCGUUGCUGAUUGUGUCGGUUAACGGGCUGAUGGCAGGAUACACAGGAUUCGUUCAUCAGCGGGGCACGCUGGACGUGAUGCCUUAUCUGGCUACUACCGCGAAAGACUAUCGAGAUGAGUUUAACAAUCCGGCCAAAAUUUUCUUCCUAAUGCCCUGCCAUUCGACACCGUUCUACAGUCACGUGCAUCAAAACGUAACGAUGCGUUUUCUGCACUGCGAACCGAAUCUAACCGAACAGCCCAACUAUCUCGACGAGGCGGAUCAGUUUUACGCGAAUCCGAUGAGCUGGAUAAGGAAAAAUUUGCCCGUCCAUCCAAUAAGCGCUUUACCCACGCAUGUGGUAGCGUUCGAUGUGCUGGAACCGGAAAUCAAAGAUUUUCUUUCGAUUUAUAAAGAAAAACAAUCCUUCUUCCACACCGACUAUCCGGCGGGACGUGUCGGAGGGAAUGUGAAGGUUUACGAACGGUUCGAUCGGAAUGCUGCAGCUGGUAAUAGCAAUAGUGGGACCACCACCAAGGCGACGACUAGUGCCCCAUCCUUGGAAGAGGACUACGAUCCUGAGUACAAUCCGUAA